AUUCUCUAAAGUAGAGUCAUUUACCUGCUCAGAAAGUAAAUAUUAAGUGGUAAUGUCUAGUCAACAAGAAACUGGCAUUCUACUCAACCACGCCCACAAUGGAGUCGGUUAUAAAUUAUUAGAGCUACCGCCCGAGUUGGUUGCACUUUUGGAGUCGGAGAAUGCACCCAUCUUAACUAUAGAAUCUUCGACGAACUCGGCGAUAUUAAAGAGCGGUACACAGUCUUGGGGCCUUCGCCAGAAGAAUACGUCGAACGCCUUGAUCUUGAUUCAACCCUCUAACGAAACGAACACGACGUUAUCACAAAUCCCGGAGAUAGGUUUAAAGGCAAUCGCAACGGUUCAUGAUACAAUCGAGCUUGCAUCGGAACCUACGGGAGAAACGGCUCCUGUCGCGAGAGGUAAAUGGCACGAACGGUUUGCUCGCGGGAGAUAGAUCUGGUCAUUUUAAAGAAAAAAAUAGACAUGAACAUGAUUGAGCUAAAGGAAGCCUCGCGUACCAAAUGAGUUCAAUUACACGCGCUAAUUGAAUGAACAGUAAGGAGUUUUGUUUCGGUA